AGGAAGGUUUAAUAAAAUUAUCCAUAUCAUUAAAAACUAAGACAAGUAUAUAUAUAAGAAAAAUGAACGGGUACGGCCGAAAGGAUCGCAGAAACAGCAGCUACAUGAGCUCUGAUGACUCAGACUCAGACUGCGAGGCUCAGCCUGACCACAUGGUUUCGAGGUUCGUAGGUAAUGUGGCAGAGACGGUGGUGCAGCCGUUUGAAAUAGCAACAAAGAUGGUGGUGAACCCAUUAUUCAAUUUUCUCUUUUCUCCUCCCAAGCAUGAAAAGAAGACUAAGCAUGGGCGGCAUGAAGAUGCAUACUAUGGCGGGCACAGGAUGCAGCACAAUGGCUCGCAUGGGAAAAAGUACCAAGACAGGUUUAUGGCUCCCCAGGUUCCACCAAAUUGUGACAGUGUGAAUCCCAGCCAUGGCAAUGGCCGUGCAGUAGUGCAGGCCAGUAACAUCUGCCAGGGCCAAUACUAGGGCGGAUGAGUGAAAGGACGACUCUGACUGCAGCCAAAUACCUUACCGGUUUCAGUUCUUAAAAAAGUAAUGAUUGUGUCCCGAAUAAUAAAUAAGUUGCAUAUAUGUGUGCCAAGAAACUCUUUCAGUAUAUCGUACCAUAAUCAGACAUGGGGCUUUUACAAAAAAAAGUGUUCUUGUUUGAUGAACUUAAUUAUGAUUACUAAGUAGUGUUGAUGCUACUUGUGUUAUAUAAAAAAUCGUUAAUUAUAAUUA